ACACCACCAAGUACUACAUCAUACAUGUCAAACGUUCCCAACCACCAUCUCCUAGCCCUAUAUUAGGUUGCACCCACGUAUCUAUGCACACGAUACGGGAUCUCGCACCAAGCACCAAUCAGAAGGGAAAGUCGGUGAGGAAAAACUCCGGCGGAUACCGCGAUACCUGUCAAACUCACGCGGUGCGAUACGCACAAAGCACAAUCCCCAAGUCUUCAUUCAGAGAGACAAGGUGCGCCGGUGGAUCGAACAGGAAUAAUGACCUCAUAAGGGCCAUGCAUCAAAACAAUUAUGAUAAGUACUACUGUGACUAUGAAACCCAGUGAAAUAUCUCCCGUUUCUAACUCCGAGUGCCAGAAGGGGGCACCAAAAAUAGCACGAUGGCUCAAAUACAUCCAUCAAGCACGAGCAUUGCCUUUCCCCCUCCCUCGAUACGUGUAUCAUACCACCCCGUUCGAGAUGACGGUUGAUGUCACCUCUUAGCAAAGACGAUGGCACUACCGGUAAGGCUUGAUGGCCCCACCACCACACUAUACCGUACGAUGCUCAACCGUACGAAAACUGAGGACGGAGGUACAUGAAACUGCCCGAAAUCCCGUUGACAACGGGGAGGCUCACAGGAGAGAACGAAAGUAUAUUGCCAUACCGGUACCCUAUUGGUGGCCCGACAACUCGAAAUCCUCCCAACCAACCAACCAGCCAAGCGCCGAUUCCCCGGGACCAGUAUUUCGAAUACGUAUCGUGAAACACGUGAUGGAGGAACUUGGCCUGUUAUGCGGGUCGGCUGCACGAAACCACGCGAGUGACCUCCUGUGAUGACACUCCUGCGGUUGCGGUAUCACCUUAGGAGAUUUUUUUGCCCGUGACAGCUGCAGGCUGGCCGAUCUGCCCAUACCUGCAGUGCAGAUAUAGUAGGGGGUGAACGGAACGGAUUAAUUCCUACCAACCAAAUCUAUCCGUCGCCGUCUCAUUCCCUUUCGUUACGUUUUCAUUUCGCUAAAAUGCUAAUUAAGGAAUAAAAAUGAAUUGGCGCGCAGUGGGAGGAAAAAAGCCCUUGAAGUUGGUGACAUAGUUUGGACACGAUCCCCUGCAUUAGCCUCCUCCCGAAACUUUUACUGAAUCCUUAUGGGCGGGACCCACGAUAAACGUGAAAAAAUGACGAGGGUGUGCAUCUAGCAGGUGAAUAGGAUAAUGGGGAGUGGGGAGGGGGUAUUUUUCGGGGAAGAAGACAAUCUAGUUAGGUGUUGUUGCGGAUUUGGGGAACGUUUAUCGGGAGUAAGUGUAUGUCCUCUGCCUGGUUGUUUGUUCGGUUAAGCAGAACUAACCAUUUUUGCUAACUGUGUUACUACACAGUAUCUGGUCAGAAGGCGAGGAUUCGAGCACUGAAAGGCUCUUUACGUAUCGCCUUUUUUUCUUCUUCCCCUCUCUCACGCAGGAGCUACGGAUAGGAGGGCAACUUUUCCUGUGUGGUAGGUAUCUAUCUGUACCGCGUUGUCGAUGUUCCUAUUUUUUUUUUCUAUUCUGAUUGCUGUAGAUGUGAUGUUGCUGGCUCGUGAUUGUGGGAUUUUUUUUUCUUCUUCCUCCAGUUUCUUGCAGGGAGGGACCCGGAAGAACUUAUUGGAAGAAUCACGGAAUUGUCUAGGGUACGUUGGUUCUCGGAGACUAAAACUGGGUUCAAUUGAAUUUAAUUGAGUCUAGUUGUUGCCCUAGUAUUGUGCAAGGCCGAUCUGCUCCUCUGGCACCAGUUGCUUGAGAUGGAGUGAUUCCAAAGGGCAGAAAAAGGGGUAGGAAUAAUAGUGAUUGGGAAAAAUGAUAGGAAAACUAUUCUUCUCUAGCCUUACCUUAUGCUCAGGCACAGCAUAAGAGUGAGUGCGGUAGAAUCGUCCCUUCCGGUUCCUCCGCCGACUAAACCGUACGUGUGAGUUUGCCCGAGCUGCAUGGGAAUCUACUAACGCAGUUCCUGGAAAAGUGCGGUAUAUAACCAGCGACCUAUUUUUUUCCAAUUCAGAGAGCUGCUCACUAUCAUGAGAGCCUUUCACCGACAAGGGGAGUUUUAAAAAGAGACGAGAACGAGGCAAAAAGGAAGCAGAGAGGGGGAAGAAAGCGGAGAGAAAGAAACUUCCGAUUGUUCCCAGAACAUAUCCAAACACACGCAUACACACCGCACGCACGCACGCACGUACACCCCAAAAAAGGUCGAGAUGUCACUUUUCGACUUCCCCAAUGAGAUUCUAUUGGAGGUUACCGAGCACCUUUGCCCCGGAGAUCUCAACUCACUACUCCGAACUAGCCACUUCUACGAACGACUCCUCACCCCUCGGAUACACCGCCUAGCGCUCGAGGAGAAGGACGGCCUGACGGCACUUCAAUGGGCGGCGGUCAAAGGCCAUGAACCACUUGCACGGCUGCUGCUACAGAAAGGGGUCAACAUUAACGCCUCGCGGAAUGGGUGGACGGCGCUGCACAGGGCUGUUCGGCAUGGCUUUGAGGGGAUAGUGGCAUUGCUGCUUGAACAAGGAGCAGACGCCUCAAUUAAGGGGACGGCGGGCAUGACUGCGCUGCACUGGGCAGCAUUUUUGGGGAAUGAGAAGGUGGUGAGGAGGCUGUUGGAGAUGGGAGUGGGAAUUUCUACCGAAGAUAAUUUUGGAAAGACGGCAGCUUAUUAUGCCACCUUGAGGGGGAAUAUUGCCGUGGUGAAGCUUCUAGGCUAGGGGCGAUAACAAAGAGGCGGCCUGGAUGAGGGAUGGUUAUUUCAUGCGUAACUCGAGUUGUCUCUUAGUGUUUGGGUACUUGGGUAGUCUUGAACUUUUUGGUGGUUAUCUUGGCCAUGGAGGAUGGGGGGAGGGGGUGAAUUCACAAGUUUUCCAAAUAUAUCAAAGAGGAAAAAAGAAAAAAAACAAGAGUUUGUUUUCCAA